AUCUUCAAUAAUUAGAUUCUGAACGAACAUGAAGUGCUCAGUUGUUCUGUUGUGCCUUGCAUUAGCCGUACCGUCUUUUGGAUGGCGGUUGCCGAAAUUGAAGAAAGGAGGCGUCAUUCCCAGGAUUGUAAAUGGCCAAGAAGUAGCGCCCCACUCAUUCCCAUUCCAAGUAUUGGCGGGAUUUGAUGACGGUAAUGGCGGUGGAUGGUCGUGUGGUGCAGCUCUAAUUAGUGCAUACUGGGUGCUCACAGCAGGUCACUGCAUAUUUGAAUCGGUGGCCUCUGAUAUCAUCUUGGGAGUGCACAAUAUGAGUUUGACGGAACCAGACACGCGUCAAAUAUUUAGAUCAUACGAACUUCAUUUACACGACAAUUGGGAUCAAAGCAAUGACAUCGGCCUUGUUAAGCUUCCUCAAGCCGCCCAGUUUACUUGGGCAGUUCAACCAGUAAGCCUCAUUACCGCACAAGAGGCUUCUCAAAUUCAAAUUGGCGCCGACGUGGUAGUUAUCGGAUGGGGUAUUCUUCAGUUUGACGGUUGGAUAACCAGCGAUGUCCUUAGACAGGGAACGGAGAAGGUGGCUGACGAAUCGGCUUGUGCCACUUACGGAUUCAAUAAAGAUACACAAGUGUGCGCUAGUAUGGCGUACGGACAAGGAUCGUGCGUCGGCGACUCUGGUGGGCCGUUGCUUUGGAACAACAAGGUCAUUGGUAUAGUGUCGUAUGGGCCUCAGGAUUGCCUAUUAGGCGGUGCAGAUGUAUACACUAAGGUAGCGACUUAUCUGGAUUGGAUUCACAGUAUAACUGGUGAUCUCUAACUUGCAAAUAAAAUUUGAAAAUGAAAAAAAAAUCCU